CGGCGACCCUUCUUGUCUUGCCUUGCACUCCUUUUCAAACCCCUGCCGGCAGCCGCCGCCAUCGCCAGUCGCCACCCACCUGCGGGUUGCGCCGCCGUGUCUCUUGAUCUCCUCAAUCCUCCGCAGGCGGCGGAGGCGAUGGCCACCAAGCCCGCGCCCCAGCCUCGCCGCCCGCCCCGCCGCGCGCCUCCGGCCGCCGGCGCCGCGACCGCAAACGGGAACGGGAAGGCGCCGUCCUCGUCCAAGCCUACCUCUCCGGUCCACCCAUCGUCGGCGGCGGAGACGCCGGAGAGGACGGUGAAGAAGCUGCGCUUGGCGCGGGCGCUCACGCUCCCGGAGGCCACCCCGGUGUCGGAGGCGUGCCGGAGGAUGGCGGCCAGGCGUGUCGACGCCGUGCUGCUCACCGACGCCAGUGGGAUGCUCUCGGGUAUCCUCACAGCCGAGGACAUUGCGGGACGGGUAAUAGCUGAGGGUCUCAAGCCGGACGAAACAUAUAUGGCGAAGGUGAUGACGCGGAACCCAGUUUUUGUUAUGUCCAAUUCAUCCGCCAUAGAGGCACUGCAGAAGAUGGUCCAAGGCAAAUUUAGGCACCUUCCCGUAGUGGAACAUGGUGAAGUCAUUGCUAUGGUGGAUAUUAAGAAGUUCCUUUAUGAUGCAAUUUCAAGAAUGGAGAAGGCUGCAGAACAAGGCAGCGCAAUAGCAGCUGCUAUGGAAGGGGUUGAGAGACAAUGGGGAAAUGAUUUUCCAGGUUUAUUUGCUUUGCUUCCUUUGAAUAACAUUAGAGUCUACUUCUCAAACAAUAUUGAACAGACCUAUAUGUUAAGAUCAAGCUUGAUGUAUACUGUAUACCAGCUCUGUUUUAACAAAGUGAUGUUGUAUUUUGAUUCUUUUUGCUUAGGACCACAUGCAUUCAUGGAAUCUCUUCGACAACAGAUGUUCAAGCCUUCCUUGUCAACUGUUAUAACUGAAAAUAGCUGUGCUCCAGUGGUAUCUCCAUCAGAUCCAGUAACUUUAGCCGCCAAAAAGAUGAGGGAACACCAAGUUAACUCAGUUGUUGUAAUGACAGGGAACAUGUUGCUAGGAAUUCUCACAUCCAAGGAUCUGGCCCUGCGAGUACUGGCACAGAAUUUAUCGCCAGAUGCAACUCUGGUAGAAAAGGCUAUGACUGCAAACCCAGACUGUGCCACAUUGGACACAUCAAUCCUUGAUGCUCUACAUUCGAUGCAAGAUGGAAAAUUUCUACAUAUUCCCGUCGUAGGCAGAAAUGGACAGAUUAUUGCGUGUUUGGAUGCUCUACAGCUAAUCCAUGCAGCCAUAUCCAUGGUUGAGGGAGCAUCUGGAGCAAAUGAUCUGGCAAAUAGUAUGAUGCAGAAGUUUUGGGAUUCUGCUCUUGCCAUGCAUCCUGCAGAAGAAUUUGAUGCUCGUAGUGAUGAGUCUCGAAUGUUGGCAUCAGACAGUGCUGACGGGAAACAUGUACAUCCUCCUCAUAUUAGCAGUUCUUUCUGUUUUAAAAUUGAAGACAGAAAAGGGCGUAUGCACAGAUUCAGUUGUGUUUCAGAAAGCUUAGACGAGCUUGUGUCUGCUGUGGCAUACAGGCUAGGAACGGAUGGUGAAAAGUCGAGCAUCAACCUUCUGUACGACGACGAUGAAGGUGACAGAGUUCUCCUGACUAGCGAUAGUGACCUUACUGCAGCAAUCCAGCAUGCCAAAUCAGCUGGGUGGAAGGUCCUGAGGCUGCAUAUGGACGAGUCCCAGGCUAUGCCCGAAUCCACCGUGCCACGAGCGAAUCCCUCAACCGCACCGAGUGCGCUGCCGUCUCUCCGGUUCGGCGUCGUGGCCGGCGCCGUUGCCCUCGCCAGCGUCGCGGUAGUCGUCUACCUGAAGCGCUCUCAGCUCUGAGUACACAAUUCGAGUGCUCACACCACACUGUACAGAUUACCCUACAUCCACCACAUGGUGAAAUGAAACACAGCAGGUUGUAUACGUACUUGGAGAUACACAAGUCACACGGCAAAAUAAGACAUGGUCUUUUUUCCCCCCCUCUGCCACCAUGUCAAGGCCGUACAGUACAGUAGAAACAAAAACACAGGCCUCAUAGGGUGUAAAUAGGUGUUGAUUUUAAGUAACUUAUCCCAGACGAUCCAUUUUGUCGGUGUUUUUGUACAGCAAGGGCGCUUUAAGAAUAAGCAAGAUAAGACACUUUGCCAUCUUUUUGUACAGUACUGAAACUGCAACAGAAACAAGCUCUAGUAACUGUUGUUUGGUUUGAAAAUAUC